AUGACGACUGAAUACCAUGAUGACGUUGAAGACGACAGCAGCUCCUUCUGGAACAAAGACAUGAAAACGUCGAACAGAUUGUGGUCUGUGGAGAAAGGUGUUUCCAACCUGACUGACUCACUGAGCACUGCCCAGCAGCUCACCAAAGAUGCAGCCAUGGACGUUCGCCGGAUGAAGUUUGCUGUGGAGAGCAACAGGGACCAGCUGACCUCAGUAUCAGAGGCACUGAAGCAGCUCUCAGUUCUGGACACUCUCAGCAGGACAGUGGCUACUCUCAAAUGUUCCCUCGAACGCCUCAUCAACAAUGGUUCAGCGGCAGACGGCUGUUGUCCUCUGGGUUGGGAUCUUUUCAGCUCCAGCUGUUACUUAUUCAGCAAGACGCCUUUGGCUUGGCAGGACGCCAGAGACUGGUGCAACGGCCACGAAUCUCACCUGGUCAUACUCAACACUGACGAGGAGUGGGACUUCGUGGUCCAUCAUGCCAUGGGCACCUUCCACUGGGUGGGUUUGAGUGAUGAGAGAACAGGGAAAUGGGAGUGGGUCAACCAGACGCCGUACGUCAUGAACCGAAGGCGGUGGAGACCCGGUCAGCCCGACAGCUGGACCGGUCACGGUCUCGGUCCUGGAGAUGAAGACUGUGCUCAUCUUCACUAUGACGGACACCUCAAUGACCUGCACUGCUCCACCAGGAUGCGCUACAUCUGCCAGAGACACAGCCAGCGCAGCUGA